AGUUGACUUGGCUGAAGAGAGGCGCUGCAGUCCUUUGGCCCAGCGCCUGGAGUCAUUUGGUAAAACCCUAAUAAACGACCCGUUGGAUACUGAGACGUCCCGGAGGCAGUAAAGUGCCCCCACGCCCCCUCCCCUCCACGGAGGGUGAUGCUGAGAUGAUGCAACCAGAGGAGGGGGAGAGAGGAUCACCCGGCUGCUGCCAACAGAAAGAAACUGACACACGAAACCGAUGCUGCCUGCCGUCUGAAGUUGGGAAUUAGCGAACUGUUGGCCCCGGAAAAUGAAGAGCUAUCGGACGUUUAUCAAUGUGUCGAAACGGAGAAGUUAGGAGAACCUCAGAUUGAGCUGUAAAUGUAUCGGCAUCAGAGAGCUCAGUAUGAAGAAGUCGGUCCGGCCAGCGGUGAGUAAGGUGAGCGGAGAUCGAGGGAAGGCGGAGGCCACGGUGACCUCUGGGACCGGAAAGCCUGCAGCGAAGACCAGCACCACUGCACCUCUGUCGAAGGUAAAAAGCAAUGAUGACCUUUUAGCAGCUAUGGCCGGAGGGAAUCCUGCAUCAAAUAAUGCUGUCAACAAGAACAAGAGGACGGCCUCCAUUGGGAGUAAUGCUAGCAACAUAGACAGCAAGCCAAAGGCAACGUCGGGUGCUUCAUCCAAGCGGACAACCUCUUCGAUUUCCAAGGAGCCAAAUUCAUCACGAGACCGUCUCCGAACAUCCAGGACCUCAGCCAAUAAGAAGCAGUUGGUGUCAGGGACUGUAGCGGGGGAUGCAGCAUCAGGGAAGCGCUCUCGUGGCCAGUUCCUGGCAGAGUCUGAUGGCCGUAUGAGCAAGUCUAAAUCAGAUGGCCAGAUCAGUGAUAAGGUGGCUCUGGAGACCAAAGUGAAAGACCUGGUGGGUUUGGCUAAAAGCAAAGAUGUGGAGAUCCUCCACCUUCGCAGUGAGCUGAGGGACAUGAGGUCCCAGCUUGGCUUGGGAGGGAAGGAAGCACCGCAGCAGGAAGAAGCUGGGGAGGAAGAGGAGGAGGAGGAGGAGGAGGAGGUGGAGAAGCCCCUGGUUUCAGCCAUCACAGCAGCUGAUGUGGAGUCCACUUUGAUUCUCUUACAAGAGCAGAACCAGGCCAUCAGAGUGGAGCUCAACCUGCUGAAGAGUGAGAACCGAAUGCUAAAAGACCGACUCAAUGCGCUGGGCUUCUCCCUGGAGCAGAGGCUGGAUGCCUCUGACAAGCUUUUCAACUACGCCUCCCUGAGUCCGGACCUGGCCGCAGGCAGUGGGCAGAGUGACGGUGGAGGAACAGGUACGCUGACCUCCUCAGUGGAAGGCUCAGCCCCCGGCUCCCUGGAGGACCUGCUCACAGGGCACCAGCUUGGAGGCUCAGCGGACAACCUCGACAGUGAAUCGAGCGAGGUAUACCAGGCCGUCACCUCUAGUGACGACGCUCUUGACGCCCCCUCUGGAGCCUCCUCGUCAUCCGAAUCGGAGUGCGCACCCAGCAGGGAGCGCUCCCGCAGGGGCAGCAGGGACAAUGCCACCGAGGUGUCGCUGGCCUGUCUGACGGAGCGCAUCCACCAGAUGGAGGAGAACCAGCACAGCACAGCUGAGGAGCUCCAGGCCACGUUGCAGGAGCUGGCCGACCUGCAGCAAAUCACCCAGGAGCUGAACGGAGAGAACGAGCGGCUCGGUGAAGAGAAGGGGAUCCUCAUGGACUCCCUGUGUCAGCAGAGCGACAAGCUGGAGCUGUACGGUCGACAGAUCGAGUACCUGCGCUCCCUGCUGGAUGACCAUCAUAUAUCAUAUGGACUAGAGGAGGACAUUAAGAGCGGCCGCUACAUGGAGCUGGAGCAGCGCUACGGAGACCUGGCAGAUAACGCCCGCUUUGAGAGAGAACAGCUGCUGGGGGUUCAACAGCACCUGUCUAACACUCUGAAGAUGGCUGAACAGGACAACGCUGAGGCCCAAGAGAUGAUCGGAGCACUGAAAGAGCGGAACCACCAGAUGGAGCGCAUCAUGGAGUCAGAGAGACAGGGCCGAGCUGCCAUGGGGGCCGCUCUUGAAGAGUACAAGGCAGCGGUGAGUAGUGACCAGGCGGAGCUGAGCCGCUGCAGAAACCAGCUGGACCAGGAGAGGCAGAGGGUGGCCGAGUUGUACUCUCUUCACACGGCCGGGGAUAAAAAUGACAUCUGCCAACUGCUGGAAGGAGUACGUCAGGGGAAAGAGGAGGCGGAGGCCAAGGCGGCGAAGUUGCAAGAGGAGCUGGAACAAGCCCACAGUGAACUCACUCGGCUACAGGAGAGUUUCAGCAAGCUGGACAGGGAAUACAGACACUUCCAGGAGCAGGUGCAGCAGCAGAUGGCCGAGCAGGAGCGCAUACUGGAGAAGCAGCGCUUGGAGCUGCAGGAGAAGGAGACUGAGAUCGUGGACAUGAAGGAAACCAUUUUUGAGCUUGAGGAUGAGGUGGAGCAGCACCGAGCUCUUAAACUCCACGACAACCUCAUCAUCACGGACCUCGAGAACUCGGUGAAGAAGCUGCAGGACCAGAAGCACGACAUGGAGAGAGAGAUUAAGAUUCUUCACCGCAGACUGAGGGAGGAGUCAAUGGAGUGGCGUCAGUUCCAGGCUGAUCUGCAGACUGCUGUCGUCAUUGCUAAUGACAUCAAGUCUGAAGCACAGGAGGAGAUUGGAGAUCUGCGGCGCCGGCUGACGGAAAACCAGGAAAAGAACGAAAAGCUGUGCAAGGAGCUGGACGAGGUCAAGAGCCGCAAGCAGGACGAGGAGAGAGGCAGAGUGUAUAACUACAUGAAUGCAGUAGAGAGGGACCUGGCUGCUCUCAGACAGGGGAUGGGUCUCAGCCGGCGAUCCUCAACCUCCUCGGAGCCCUCGCCCACCGUCAAAACACUCAUCAAGAGCUUCGACAAUGCCUCCCAAGGUCCACCGACCAAUGGAAGUCCCUCAGUGACGCCAACAGCCGCGGCCUCUCCGCUACCACGCACCCCCCUCAGCCCCAGUCCCAUGAAGACGCCCCCAGCAGCUGCUGUUUCACCCAUACAGAGACACUCCAUAACUGGCUCCAUGUCAGCAGCCAAGCCGCUCUCCUCCCUGAGUGAUAAGAGGCCCAGCUACACAGACAUCACCAUGCCAGCUGAGCACCUUCUCAGGGGAACCUCCGCUAGCCGACCUCCGCCUGUCCACCAGAGGGUCUCCAGCAUGGACUCCACAAAGACUAUAUCAGUGUCCCGCCGGAGCAGUGAGGAGAUAAAGAGGGACAUGUCUGCUCCAGAUUCCUCCUCAACCUCCCUGAUGGCUAUGAGUGCUGCCUCCUCCCCGCUCUCCAUGUCCUCCUCCUCCCCCACCGCCUCCAUCACCCCCACAGCACGCAGCCGCCUAAGAGAAGAGAGAAAGGACCCGCUGUCAGCUCUGGCCAGAGAGUACGGAGGCUCCAAGAGAAAUGCUUUGCUGAAGUGGUGCCAGAAGAAGACUGAGGGUUAUCAGAAUAUCGAUAUUACAAACUUCAGCAGCAGCUGGAAUGAUGGCCUGGCCUUCUGCGCUGUGCUCCACACCUACCUGCCCGCACACAUCCCCUACCAGGAACUCACCAGCCAAGAAAAGAAGAGAAACUUCACCUUAGCUUUCCAGGCUGCAGAGAGUGUGGGCAUCAAAUGCACUUUGGACAUAAAUGAGAUGGUGCACACAGAGAGGCCGGACUGGCAAAGUGUCAUGACUUAUGUCACAGCCAUAUACAAGUACUUUGAGACCUGACUCCGCCAUCUCACACACCCUGCUCCUGCAGCACAAUCAGCGCCACGCCAGCCCUCCUGAGCUCUCAGCAGCCUCUCAAACCCACAGACAACUGGUAUACCUCACUGCCCCACCACCACCACCAUCACCACCAAACAUCCAGUCACGCUGCAUGUCGGUAUUAAGCAACACUAAAGGCAGACCACAACCUCAGAGGACUCUCACACAGUUACUACACCCUUCCAAUGUAGUGUAGAGGGUGCUUUGUGUAGAGUUGGAGUCCCGAGGACUGGCCUGUAUCUCUACUGUUACACUAAAGCCAUGAGAAGUAACUCUGGUGAGCCAAGUAUGAACUGACCAGCGGUCAUCUUUCCCUUUGGUUCGCGUCUGAAGGAGCUGCAUGAAAAAGGAACCAGGUCUCAGUGCCUUCUAUCUGGCUUUUCUUGGCAAAUAAUAUCCCGUUACCCUCAACCCAGUUUCCAGGGGAAUUCCUGCAAAUCUGACUUUCAGCCUGCUACUUUGCCAGAGCAGUCAUUUUUAUAAAUAGUCCUCAUGGUUUUUCCUUCUUCUUUCUUUUCUUGGUUGUGAAUAAUUUGCAGAACACAUUAGCUUCUACAGAAUACCAACCCCAAAAGGUCAGAGGCGUUUGAAUUCCCCGGACGACCCUAAAAGUCUUCCAGACGUUACAGUUCGAUACAGGUGCCUCUCUCUUUCGAUGGAUAAAGUGCCUGUGUGAGUUUUGAUGCAGGAGACCAGGAUAUGAGCUCUCUCGAUGUGCCAACCCUCCACAGAGGCAGGCAGUGUCUUUUCACUACAGUUUGUGAAGCUGAAGAUUUCAGGAGUUGUUGCCAAAUAUGUUUCACAGCCUUUUGAUUGUCGAUUUCUGACUAAUUGGUUAUCAGGACAGAAUGAUGCUGCAGACAGCUACUGCAUCAGCAUCGGAUCAUGACUGACAGAAAUAUGCCAUGUUCUACAACACUUCUACACAUAAAGCGGCACUAACUCACUCCGAUGAUGCUUGUUUUACUAAAAGAUUCAUGAAGGUUGACUGAUGUGUGUAGAGUCAAACACUAAUAGUGUUUGCAUUGUGAAGGCCUGCAUUUGCCAUCUUGCACUUAAACUAACUUCUAUCAUUGGGCACGUACAUGCACACAGCAUCAUUUCAUCAUGACCAAAAUAUGAGUGAAUAGUAUUUAGUCUUUUGAUCAAAUGUGUGUUUGAUUGACAUUUAAGUUGUGUUUUAGAUCAGAGAGCCUUAAUUCGAAGACUCGGUGUUGAAGAAAUGUGCUCCAGUUUUUUUUUUGGGACGUUUUGCAGAAACCGAUUCAUAGGUCAAGACACACUUUUGUAGGUCAAUGCGGCGGCGUAUUUAUAGGAACGGUUGAAUACAAGUAUUCACUUUCUUGCAGAGAGUUGGAUGAGAAGAUUGAUACCUCUCAUGUUUCUGUUCCCUGAAGCUAGAACAAGGAGCUGGUUGUCUGAGCCGAGCACAACAGCUCACUAACUGACAUGUUAUCUCUUGAUUGUCUCUUUAGUUCUCGAGUCGCCUUAGAGAGGUUUGUAUGUAGACGUGUUGGUACAAACCCAGGCUCGCUGUUUCCAGUCUUAAUGCUAAGCUAAGCUAGGCACCUGCUGGCUCUAGCUUCAUAUUCAGCGCACAGAAAUGAGUGAUAUCGAUCUUCUCAUCUUUCACCCGGCGAGAAGGUAAACAAUUGUAUUUCCUAAAAUCUUGAAUUAUUCCUUGAACAUUUAUCAUCAUUUUUAGCUCAAAAUAUGCACAAGUAAUUGGACAUUUCAUUGUGCCAUUUACUUAUUUUGUGUGUUAAUACUGAUGCGGUGUUAGACAGCUAGUUUUUGAAAUUCCUAGCAUGACUUCCAGUUACUAUAGAGAUACUUUGUAGCGCACAAUGUCAUAUAGUUUGUGCGAUUUCAGUCGGCAACAUUAAUGUUGUGCAUAACAUUUGAAGUCCCCUUAUUUGGUGUUUACAAGCAAUAUACAAGCAUGUAAUCAAUGGUUUACGUAGCUUUAAGGACAUUUUAAAUGUUUAAUGCAUAGUUUGUCAGCAGUUAUAACUUCUCCUAUCAAGACUUAUUUAUAUAAUUACAACUGUGUUUCAUUAUAUUGUCAUUAUUUAUCUGUUAAUAGAGCAGCCUCCACGUAUGGGUGUCCACAGGAGGAAUUAUAGUUGUGGACAAAUACAUUAAUAAACACUUAUACAUGCUUCCAGCUACAUUUUAAGUAAAUUAUAAACCAUUUGUUAAAUGUAUACUGCUUUGAAAUACUGAAUCGGGGGAUUUAAAGCUAUGCUGCCUGGCUGCUGUGUGUUUAUCGUGCCUCAACAUACCAAGUUCACUGUAUUUAUUUUGCAUGGUUACCGAUCAUUGUAGUGAGGUCGUUGCUUUGUCUGUGUGUCCGGAGUGUAAAUUAAUUGAUUACACAGACAGUAAGUAGCUGCACUGAGAUAAGCUUUUUGUAUUGCGCACUAAUUUCCUGCCUUAACAGUUAAGCCGAGGCUUCUGCGAGUGAAACUGUGACAUUUCAAAACCGCGGUUAUCGUCGCUCCCCAGGCAAGAUGUCGCAGUGUGGAGACAGUCACUAAAACAAGGUCCUUCUUGUUUGAGCCCCUCGAGGAACACUAACAGUGAGCGAUGGUCAUCCACCGUGUCUGGUGAAGGUGACGCCACACUCGGCUUUGAUUUGGAUCAGAUGAAGCUGCCAGCUGGUAUCAAUGGCAACAUCAGAUACAACAUUUGCCGCCUCUAUUUCGAAGCGCGUCGUGCCAAACCACAUCGACACUGUGCACAGCUGCAUCAGACAGUCAGCGGUUUGACGUUCGCACGACAAUGACCGUUUCUUUAUUUUGUGUGUGCAAAUUGGAGAGUGCGAUUGAGGUAUUUAAUGACAUUUGGAAGCAUCGGCUCUCUGUUGAUGGCGGUGUUGUGAUGCCAUGUCGCUGAGGGAUCGUCAGCCAACAGUUUUAUUGUGUUCCGCUCGGGUUCCACCGCCGGCCCACGUGUUUUAUUGCUCCCGCCCGGGAACGCCUGAGGGCUCCAGAAAGAUUUGAAGCCUCUCCAUCCUGGAAGCGGAAUGUGUUUUUGAUCACGCUUUAGUGAUCCUGGGACUUUACGAGGUCCAGCGUGUGCUGAUAUGAAGAGUGAUUGAUGAACAUGAGAGACCAGACGGCUGGCAAAAACUAGGAAGCACAUUCCACCUCCACAGGGUGCAGCCACAAGGGACAUGUUCGACUGUUUGGGACCUGAGAUGUGGGUCGCUUUAUAACGAGCAAAGCAAAUGUGAACAGUGCAUUGGGUCUUUAUUGGGUCCACUUCAUCACAAUACAAUUAUUUUUCUUUGUAUUUACUUGAAAAUGCUCUGAGAAUUCCACUGAAACCUGCUUUAGUUUGUCUUUUUGUUUGUUUCCAUGUUGCCUUUUUAUCUUAUUUUUUUUACAAUCCAUGCCACAUUUUGUUUUUGGUGGGAUUGUUUAGUUUUUUCUCUCCUUGUCACACUACAUGCUACAGUGCUGAAAUGGUCCCUUUGAAAGGGUAAAGCUGAAUGAACAGAUGUGUGUUUUUGUGCGUGUCUGCGUGUGUAAAGGGACUAAGCUACAGUAUUAAGUGCACACUACGAUGAUAAUCAGUAAGAAAUAAACGAAAACGACAAAUCUGUCUGGUUUUAUUUUUUUUUUUUUUCUGCCAAUAUUUAUAAAGGACCAUUGAAACAGC